UUUUUUUUCCCUGUGUGUGUGAUUGUGUAUGUGUGUGCGUGUGUGUGUGCGUUGGGUGGAGUCAACCCGGAAUUCUCUAAAUUGGAAAUCCGCUUGCACAUUUCAGGAGCAUCAUGAAGGACGGAAUCGCCAACAACAGCACGGCCAGCAUCUCCCAUGCCAGGAAAGCUGUGGAGCAGCUGAAGAUGGAGGCCUGCAUGGAUAGGAUAAAGGUGUCCAAAGCAGCUGCCGACCUGAUGGCGUACUGUGAAGCCCACAUACGCGAGGAUCCCCUCAUCGUGCCCGUCCCCGCCUCAGAGAACCCUUUCCGGGAGAAGAAGUUCUUCUGCACCAUCCUCUGA